UUGUUGUCUGGGCUAUGUUUGCGGUUGUAGUAUUUUUCUUCGAAGAAAAUAAAAUAUCUCUUAAUAAUUACUUUUAAAACCUUACUGGUCUAAAAAUGGCUGAAAUAUAUAAGUUAAUUCAUCCUUUGAAAUAUUUUACUGACUAUAUUUCCCGAGAAGUUCGCCCAGACGGUAGAAAAUUUGAUGAGCAACGUAAUAUUAAAUUGAAUGUUAACUCACUUAAAACAGCGGAAGCAUCUGCUGUAGUGAAAUGUGGUAACACAACUGUUGUAUGUGGGAUACAAUUGGAAUUGGCCACACCAAAGGCGGAAGAACCAGAUCUUGGAUAUUUAGUCACAAAUUUAGAACUGCCUGCUCUAUGCUCUCCAAAGUACAGACCAGGCCCACCUUCUGACCAUGCACAAGUUACAAAUUACUUAGUAUCUGAUAUUAUAACAAACUCGAAAUGCAUAAAUUUAAAAGAUCUUUGUAUUGUUCCCGAUAAAUUGGCUUGGGUUUUAUACUGUGACAUUGUAUGUCUAGAUAAUGAUGGAAGUUUGGUUGAUGCUUGUAUUAUAGCAUUAAUGGCAAGUCUUAAGACAUUAUGCCUACCUUCAGUUACAUAUGACAAUGACACAGAAGAUAUCAAAGUAAACGCUGAUAUAAGGACACCCUUAAAAGUUCAUGGAUUGCCAGUUGCUACAAGUUUUGCUGUUUAUAAACUUCCAGAUAGGAACAUUCUUCUAACUGAUCCAUCAGCCUAUGAAGAAGAAAUGUGUGGUGGAAUUGGAGCAAAUUUCAUAGUUUGUUCAAACGAAGGUCUGCUGUGUGGCACUCAGAAAUUUGGUGGUAGUAAUCUUUUAUCUGACAGUCAAGAGGAAUCUCUGAAGAUAUCCAGAGAUAGAACCAAUGUAGUGAAGAAAGUUAUUGAGACUAGCAUAAAAAAUGAUAAUGAAUUUGUUUCUUAGGUUUUCACGCACAUCACUCAUUAAAUAAAACUAGUUUUUACGGGUUAAUGCACGAAACUUUAUU